CGCACCGUCCCUCUUUUCAAAAAAAAGAACUUUACUUAAGAACGCGGCGCUUAAACUUAAACUAGGGCACUACUACACUCUCUUUUCAAUCCAAAGUUGAUGUAAUGCAAUGCGGUGGGGACUAACGUACAGGCAUGCAGGCCCAAUCUUCGUGUGGUCUUCCCCCGUCUGUAUCAGAGGCAAUGCCCGGCCUCCUAUACCCUCCUUCAUGGCUGUCAUGUACUUGAACCGCAUAGCUAUAGCUCUCACCCACUGCCGCCGAGUCCAGGCCUUCAAUCACGGCAAGGCAUUUCACUCCCAGUUGAUCAAACUCGGCAUUUCCGCCGAUGUUUUCCUCUCCAACAAUCUGAUUUCCAUGUACGCGUCCUCGCCUCGUCUUAUCGACGAUGCACAGAAGCUGUUCGACGAAAUGCCUCACAGAAACAUUGUCACGUGGACCACCAUGGUCUCUGCGUAUACCAAGUGCGGGCGAGGUGGUGAGGCUGUAAGGCUAUAUGGGUUUAUGGCGGAGUGGGGUUUGGAGAGGCCCAAUGGGUUUAUGUACUCUGCUGUGCUCAAGGCUUGUGGUUCGGUGGGUGACCUCGGAUUGGGGAGGGUGAUCCAUGAGAGGAUAUCUAGAGCUGGGUUGGUGUUUGACACUGUUUUGAUGAAUACCCUUUUGGAUAUGUACGUGAAAUGUGGGAGUUUGGGUGAUGCCAAGAGGGUUUUUGAUGGGAUGUUGGAUAGGAACUCGACGUCGUGGAACACGAUGAUUUCGGGGUAUGGUAAGGCUGGUUUGAUGGAUGAGGCGGUGGGGCUGUUUCGUCGGAUGCAAGAGCCGAAUGCUGCAUCGUGGAACAGUAUUAUUGCUGGUUUUGUGAAUAAUGGGAGCCCGCGUGCGUUGGAAUUUGUGAGUAUGAUGCACCGAGAAGGCUUCAGGCUUGAUUGUUAUACUUUCCCAUGUGCUUUUAAGACCUGUGCUUGCUAUGGUUCAUUAGCCUCUGGGAAGCAGAUCCAUUGUUAUGUUAUACAGUCCGGUUUUGAGUCUGAUAGAUUUACUUUGUCAGCACUGAUUGAUAUGUAUUCAAAUUUCAAUCAAUUGGAUGAAGCCAUAAAGUUGUUUGGUCAGCACUCAAGGUGCAAUGCUUCCAUUAGUUUGGCACUUUGGAAUUCCAUGAUUUCUGGAUAUGUCAUUAAUGAACAUAAUUGUGCAGCUCUGGGUUUAGUUUCAAAAGUCCAUUGCUCAGGUGCACAGAUGGAUUCUUACACUUACAGUGGUGCUUUAAAGGCCUGCAUCAACUUGCUUAACUUGAGACUUGGGCGUCAAGUGCAUGGUUUGGUUGUCACCACAGGAUAUGAGUUGGAUUAUGUUGUUGGAAGCAUUCUUACAGAUCUGUAUACAAGAGUGGGAAACAUUAAGGAUGCAUUGGGGUUGUUUCACAGGCUUCCAAUGAAAGACACUGUAGCCUGGUCUGGUUUGAUCAUAGGGUGUGCUAAAAUGGGACUAAGCUGGUUAGCUUUUUCACUGUUUAGGGAUAUGGUGUAUUUGGAUAUAGAAGUAGAUCAAUUUGUCACUUCAUUUGUUCUGAAAGUUUGCUCCAGUUUAACAUCUCUUGGAAGUGGCAAACAGGUUCAUGCUUUCUGUGUUAAGAGUGGAUAUGAAUCUGAGGGGGUUGUAGUGACAUCACUGAUUGAUAUGUACUCAAAAUGUGGUGCUAUUGAGAAUGGGUUGGCUCUGUUUGAUUCUGUGGCAGACAGAGACACUGUGUGUUGGACUGGAAUAAUUGUGGGGUGUGGGCAAAAUGGAAGAGCUGAUGAAGCAAUUAAACUUUUCAAUAAGAUGAUAGAAUCAGGGUUGAAGCCGAACGAAAUUACAUAUCUAGGAGUUCUUUCUGCCUGCAGGCAUGCUGGUUUUGUUAAAAAUGCAAGGACCAUCUUUAAUUCUAUGAAAAAAGAGCAUGGACUAGAACCUGGUGUAGAGCAUUACUAUUGCAUGGUUGACAUUCUUGGUCAAGCUGGAUGUUUUAAAGAGGCUUUAGAUUUCAUUGCUAAGUUGCCAUUUGAACCCAACCAAAUCAUAUGGAGAUCAUUACUUGGAGCCUGUGGAACUCAUAAAAACACUGAACUAGUAAAUAUCGUUGCUGAUCGCCUUCUUGCAACUUCACCAGAAGACCCUUCCACAUAUGUGACACUUUCAAAUGUUUAUGCAGAAUUGGGAAUGUGGGUUGAUUUAAGCAAAGUUAGAACAGCUGUCAAGAAAGUGGGUGCAAAAAAAGAAGGAAAGAGCUGGAUUGAGAUUUCAAGAUAAGAAAGAGUGCUUUAGAAUUGCUUUGUGCAGAAACUAGUUCUUCAGUUCAAUAUACCACAGCUACUAUAAAAUCAAGUCCGUACAUGAGCAUAGGGAUGGAUCAUUGUACUGAAUAGCUUGCAAAGAUCAGAGAAGGAGGCCUUGGUGGCAAAGUCCAGAGAGAUGUAUUUGUCUUAUGGUUCUUCAUAGAGCUAACUGCAGGCAUGGAUGCUCAGAAAGAUGCCUGUACAUGAUAUUUAUCUUUGGUUGCAGGAAUUUGCACAGAAGGGGAGGAAGAAGAACACAUCUGUUACAUUUUGUUAAAGAGGUAGGGUGAAGUUUGAAGAACCAAGGAAUGAAAACUUCAAUUGUUAUUCACAGUAGACCGAAACCUAUCAUGUAGACCCAGCAUUCCUCCAUAGUUGAUCUAUUUGAAGAUUUAGCUUCCCAUCCUGUGUAUCAUAUCUGGGGUAUGAUGAUACAAUCAGUAGCAGAGCAAGUUGCCAGUUGUAAGAUCAGGAUAUGGAAGCAAAAAUUGGCUGUCGUGAUGAGCAAUCAAUGAUCUCCAGUAACUUGGAAGUGAAUCCAAAACUCAAAAGAGCCUUGCCACUCAAGUUUGGUAUUCCCAAGCGUAAGUGGAUUAUCUUUCCCCGUGCAGUUGAAUCCUUAUUUGUUUUUUAAUCACUCCACUUCUAAACUAAGAGAAAUUUUGAUCAUGAGGCUGGCCUUAAGCAACUGCACCUGUGUAAUCCGAACCCUUGUCUAAUGUAUAAGUUCUAAGAAUACUAGAGAACAAUUCCGCGACUAGAAAUAUAUACCAGGAGCCUCAUUUGAGCUGAUCAGUUGUCAAAUUUUCCUCUGCCUUUAAAUGAGCCCAAUAUUAUCUUUUUCAAUCAAACAGUAAUAGUUAAAAGGAUCACAAAGCAAUAAAGAAUUGCAUAUUGAAGGUUGUUCCCGACAGGGUGAACUACAAGUGACUGCUCUUAAUGCAGGAAGGUUCAUGAUGGAUUCAUAGACAUGAUGGCCCUGGUACCUGAACCUGGGAAAUGGUCCAGCGGGUCCAUCCCAUUUGAGCCUGACCCGACACAAUGGGAAACAAGGUGUGGCUUCCAUCAGUUUCAGGCAGCAGUGAGCCCCCCACAACAUCACUGUAACCCUCACUGUAUUUACAGAGACUGGUCUUUGCUGUUGGGUCUCUUCUGGUACAGAAUUCUUUCUCAUUGCCACGUAGCUUUCUUCUUCAAUCAUUUCAGUGACCAUGCCCCCUCUUUCUCUGUAUAAAGUGAGAGCAUGAAGCUCAAGCAUGCCUUUGGGUUAUUCUUUCUUUUUCAGUAUUUCACUGUUAUCAAUACUGAUUCAGAACCUAUAGUAAUGCAAGAAAGUUCACAAACAAAGUUACCUAGUUGUGGUGGCCUUUUUCUUUUUGGCGCCAAUCUUGGCUCAUCCCAAGAACAUGGCAAAGGUUAUGAUGUUGU